CAUAUUGGUCUUCAGCCGUGGGCUGGUGCCACUCAAUCCCUAAGGUUCCUGAGCUAUAUCAGCAUAGUCCAAAUCUCCUGCGGGGCCACGGAUGUGGACAGCCUGACCGAUCUCUCCGGAAUCACACAAAAGCCGCGGCCCGCCUGCCUCGAUGACAGAUUCGGCCUCGUUCACCGAAUCCAGAACAAAAGAUGCCGUCUCCACUCAGUGGGACUGGAAAGCGACGACAUGUAUUUUGAAGUCGACGUGGCCAAGGAGGGGUGCGAAGCGCGUCGUUUCGAUCCCACCAUCCGAUCCCCUCAUACCUGCAUUGACUGGCGGGACCCCAAUCCAGCCGCCCCCGCUCACCCACGACAUCUCGGCGCUAAAAAACUGGGCGACAUCUUAAACCAGUUUGGACACUACAGGUGAGAGGCUGACGUUGACAAAGCCGACUUGGAAAGCGCGGGGUGGAAAGUUUUGGACAAUCCGAUUCUGGAAGACGUCCCGGAGCAGACUGGGCAACCGGUCUUCGAGAUCCACCUCCACUGGCCUGGAUUUGAGGUCGGCGGGAACGACAGCAGCGUUGUCCGAUUCUGGUACGGUCUCCUCGAAGAAUUAGAGCGGAGGGCUUUUAAGCUUUUUAUACUUACAAAAGAUCUGUCUAAGCCUCAGAUCUUCCUGAAGAAGGAGGUCUUCAAUUCCAGUAGCUGCUACGUGCUGGGGUGGAUACAAGCAAUUUGGGUUGGACGCAUUUCCCGGCCCAAAACCCGAAGCAGGUUAAAAACCUCCGCUUUAGUUCGCUCGCGAAAGAAUGCCGACAGCAAAAUCUUCCCUUGGUAUUUCUACAAGAAACCGGCUCCAUUCAAACUGGUUUGA